UUUUUUUUUCACCCUCUCUGUGUCUCUCUGCCUCUCUCCGUGAACAGUGUCAUUUUGAAGUCUGAGCUCCAUGCGGCUACUACACCGGCACGUUUAGAGAGAGCGAAAGGGAGAGAGGUGGGGGGCAAAAAAAAAAAAAAAAAAGAGAGAGGAAAAACAGCGCUAGGUUACAUACACACUCAGCACAUGGGCAGAACAUUUAGUACCCUGGACAUGAGAUGAGAGGGGCGGGCUUGAAUUAGGUGGAAUAGACGCGGUUAAGAAAUCGACCGAGUGGAAAGCGGGUUUCAGCGGGUCGCCGGCUGUUUUUUUUGGGGGGGAACAAUUAAAGAAAAGGAGCGAGCCUACGGAAAUUGUUACUGUGUGAUGCCCACAUGCAGAAAUGACCACUGAUCAGGAUUUGCCUAUGGAUGCCCAGUCAGCCACAGCCGUGUUUGCUGCCAAGGGCACUGAUGUAACACCCAAUAAAGACCAAGGAGUUAUCAAGGUUGUGAAGCAUCCGGGGUUAGAUGGAGACCGGCCGAUGAUUGGGGACAGAGUGACUGUCCACUACACUGGAAAGCUGCUCACGGGGAAGAAGUUCGACUGCAGUCGGGAACGCAAAGAGCCUUUUUGCUUCAAUGUGGGCAAAGGACAGGUCCUGAAGGCCUGGGACGUUGGUGUGUUGUCCAUGCAGAAAGGUGAAGUGUGCAGGUUACUGUGUAAACCAGACUAUGCUUAUGGACCUGCUGGAAAUCCUGACAAAAUUCCUCCCAACUCCCAAGUAGUAUUUGAGAUGGAGCUACUUAAUUUCGAAGGAGAGAUGCUUACAGAUGAUGGCGGCAUCAUGAGAAGAAUAAAGGUCAAAGGGGACGGUUACACUAAUCCCAACGAUGGGGCAAGUGUUGACGUGCACCUGGAGGGGAGCUGUGGUGGUCGACUGUUUGACUGCAGGGACGUUACCUUUAUUGUUGGUGAGGCUGAAGAUAAAGGCGUUCCUCUGGGAGUGGACCGAGCUAUGGACAAGAUGCAGAGAGGAGAGAGCUGUGAACUUCACCUAAAACCAAAGUAUGGCUUUGGAAGCGAAGGUAGACCAGAGUACAAAAUAGGACCAGACAAAGAUAUUGUAUAUGAAGUUACCCUCAAAGACUUUCAAAGGGCUAAAGAAUCCUGGGAAAUGGACUUGAAUGAAAAGCUGGAUUUGGCUGCUGGAGUGAAGCAUAAAGGGAAUCACUAUUUUAAGGUGGGGCGGUACUUCCAGGCGGUCAUCCAGUACCAGCGCAUUGUUUCCUGGCUUGAGAUGGAGUGUGGUACUGGGAUAGAGCAGCAGAAGAGGAUACAAGACUUUAUUUUGACGGCCCACCUCAAUUUAGCGUUGUGUUUCCUGCGGAUAAAAGAGUUCUCACAAGUAGUGGAGAACUGCAACAAGGUGAUUGAGCUUGAUGAGAGCAAUGAGAAAGCUUUGUAUCGUCGUGGGGAAGCGCGUCUCCUCCGCAACGAGUUCAGCCUUGCCAUGGCAGACUUUCAGCAAGUGCUUCAAGUCAACCCCUCAAAUCGGGCAGCUCGUGCUCAGAUUUCCAUCUGCCAGACCAAGAUUAAGGAACAUCAUGAACAGGACAAGAGGACCUACGCCAACAUGUUCCAGAAAUUUGCAGAACGGGACGCCAAGAUUGGGAAGCCGAAGAGGAAGCGGGAUGACAGCAUGAGGAGUGGCAUGAACGGUGAGAUGGGCAUUAAACGACGGCGUAGUCAGGAGUGUCUGUCGUAAUGGUGAUAUUUGGAAAGGAGAAAGAGAAAGACAUUCCUCCCUUUGCUUUCCAAGCCCAGGGAGCAGAGGCAGGAGCGAAGACAUAUAAAAGCCUCUAAUCCAAACCUCUUUAUCCCAAAAUCCAGCGUUACCAUUCCUGCAUAUAAAAUGGAGUGUAAGCGGGGACAUUUGCAAGCCAAACAGCAUUUCCCUGUCACAUGGACUGUGCAACUGCCAGGAUGUACCCCCUAGUGGAUUUAGUACUGCAGAAUCAGUGAGUUAAGAUUGUCCCCUUUACAAAAGAAAAUAUAGUUUCUUCAAAAACACAGAGGAAUUCCACUUUCUUUAUCGUUAGGCUACUGUGUAAAGUUGAGAUGUGCCCCCACAGUGUGUUUUUCCUAUUCCAAAACUGCACUCAUUGGUUUUCAGAUGUCAGACUUGUAUUUGGUAUUAAGCCUUUUCUUGGGCAGCUGCAUGCAUGUGUCACAAGGUGUUUGGGAUUCAGGCUUGAAACUUUUUUGAAACUUUUUUUUUUUUUUUUUAAAUGUGCAAUAUGUACUUUGCACAAAAGUGUAAAAGUCUGGUUAGCUCAGUAGUUUUUUAAAGAAAAACACAAUCGAUUCUAAAAUUUAAGAAAAGUAAAUUGCCAUCAACUUAUAGUGUUUUUCACCAUGUGACUUGACUUGAAUUGACUUGACUCAACUCUACUUGGUUUUGGUAUCAGGUAAUUUUUUUUCCACUGUAGAUAGUACCCCCUCAAUGCUUCAUUGCUACAAUAGCAACCGAGUACAACGCCAUCAUGACGUAAUCUUCAAAGUGACAAACACAUGAACAAUGUAGGAUAUAGAAGGGUUACCAAACAGAGAGUGAUCAUGGCUUUGCUUUGUGUGUUGCCGUACUAAAAGUAUAGUACACACGGUAACUAAAAGAACUGUAACUGUAACUUCGGGCGGCUGUGACUCAGGAGGUAGAACAGGUUGUCCACUAAUUAGAGGUCAGUGGUUCGAUCCCCGGCUCCUUCAGUCCACAUGUCGAAGUGUUCUUGGGCAAGAUACUGAACCCCACCUUGCCCCUGAUGGAUGUUCCAUCAGUGUGUGAGUGUGAUGUAUGAAUGUGUGAGUGAAUGGGUGAAUGUGGCAAGUCCAUAACUGUCUACUGUCUACAGUGAGCGGUGUACAGUCGCAUGGUGGGUUUGUUCAGAACGUCCUGUCUCGCACAAUAAUGAUACAGUAAUGACGAUUCUCUCUGACCAAUCGGUAGUCUGCAGUUUGUUUUCACAUUACUUUUUUGGAAUUGCCUCAUCUUGCUUGGACCCUCUGUGGAGGUGAUACCAACAAUAGUACAAAAGAUUCCAGGUGGGCUAUUAUCCACAACUUUUGCCCGAUGAAAAAAAAACAGAAAAGUUGAGUAGACUUGGGUCGAGUUGAGCCGUUACCAUGCAGUGGAAAGGGGCUAUUAGAAAUGAAUAAUCAUAGAGUUGGCAAUUACAUAAGCCUGAACUCAUUUAAUGUCGGGAAAUACAAAAAUACUACAAUUCACAAAUACUAAAUUCUCCUUCAGACAUGAACCUUCAGUAUUGUCAGAAAUCGCUGAUAAGAUCCUCAAAUUAUCAGCAGACACCAGAAGCAGAGAGAAGAAUUUGAAAAAAGCACAAACUACAAAUAUGAAAUCAUACCAAAAUAUAAAUCUGUAAUUCUGGUGUUCUGGCAAAUUCACAAUUUACUUUUAUAUUGUGGUUUGCUACUACUCAUGAAGACAAAUUAGUGCAUCUUUUUUUUUUUUUAAGCCCGUAACAGAUUCAGAUGAGAUGCAAUUCAAAUUUAGACAUUUGUUUUGGGCAAAGACGAGGCAUUGUUUUCCUAAGAUGGGUUAAGACCACAGUCAUGCACUAAAAUAAUUUAUUCAUGAGUACAUGCAUGGUAGGUCAUUAUUAAUUUGUUGAAAUCUUAUAUUUUAUCUAUAAAAAGACAUCAGGCAGUAUAAACGGUUUUAAUGAAAAGACCAGCCUGGCAUUGUAGUUGAUCAAGUAAAACACCCGAUGAUAGGCGCCUUUGGGAGUGAUAAGAGAUAAAAACAUAUUUUUUAAGGACUGAUAACAUUUUAAGCCGGUGGCAGCUGCAAAAACUUUUAAUGAAAAAAAAAAAUAGAACCGUCAAACUAUAUAUAUAUAUAUAAAAUUAAAUGUUUCCGCUAUUAAGCUUUGGUUGAUUUUAGUGAUUGACGAGUCGAAGUUUCUUCUUCUGUUGCACUCAAUGUGUGUUGAUCUAUCAGCAUGGCACAAUCGUCAGCGCACAUAAAAUCUUCAUUCAUGAAGUGAAUGCAUGCAGCAUUACUUCUGCUACUGUCGAAAAUCUGAAUAAUUGUGAUUCAGGCUUCCCACAAGAGGAGGCGUUUGAAUCACCCCAUUCCCACCUUUGUAUUUGACAGGGCAGACAGACCACUGCUGACUCUGCAGGUGGAGGUGGGAGAGGGAUACAGAGAUCACAAUUAAGCUUUAAAAUUGUCAGAACCACAUUUUUCUUUCAAUCUUUCACAAAUUUCAUGAACUCUGGUAAUGUGAUCAGCUACAUAAUUUUAUAUCUGUGUAGUUUUUUUUUUUGCCUCAGUCCCAGAAAAAGGUGUCUCUUUAUUUCACUGCAUCCAUUAUUAUUAUUUUUUUAUUUUUAAAUGUGUGAAUGUCAGUGGAUAGUGGACAAUGAUGCACUUUGGUGACUGUCAAACCAACACUGUUAUCUUGUCAUGAAAUGUCUGGAUAAAAUCUGGACAAUAUCCUUGAGAUGUUUUAUAAACAUUGGUUGGUUCAGAAUGAAAACCUUAGCUGUCUUAAAUAUUUUGUGUAAAAAAAAAACAAAAAAAAAAAAAAAAAACAACAGUGUGUAUGUGUGUGUGUUAAUAUAUAUUGUUGUUUUUUAAACAGCUUGUUGCUAAAUGUUUUCAAGUACUGCUGGCUCUAAACAUUCAAACAUUUUGUACAGUGGAAAUGAGCAUGAAGUACUUUUUUUCUAUCAGUUAUACGGACUAUUUAUCCUCCACUGUCCACUACAAAUAGAUUUAAAGGCCUCUUACUGCUACAUUCAUCAUUUUGAUAACUUGAAAGUGUAAAUUUCAGGAAUAAUUUGGAAAAUGUUGACAACAACAAGCAGGAUAAAAUGCAGCUGGUUAAACUGCAGCAUGGCCGAUGUGGGUUUGGUUUUUAUUAGAAAGUGAAGUGUAAUGUCAUACAAAAUGUUUACAUGUAUUCAAAAGAUCAUUGCCCUGUAAAGCAAAGUGUGAUCAAUGUUUUAAACCGGCAUUUAUGCAAAAGAAAUAUUUUCAGACAAAAAAACUACGUAAGGUACCUUUGUUCAUGUCUUCUUUAUAUAUUUUUUUAUUUUUUUGCACUUUAAAAGCAUUAAAUAAAUCCAAGAGUUGCAUUUAAAGAAA